CGUAGCUGUAGCGCCAUAUCGCGACUAUAACAACGAACACCCAGGAGAACCACAUCCAGCCUGCUACGCGAGGUAGAAAAAUAUUUGAAGGGUUAUUUGACGCAUAACCGGUAGUGUUUUUUCAUUUUGAUGAAAGCAUUUCAAUUUAUCAUCUAGAGCUGGACGAGCCUGAGGACCAGCAGUGAACAAGUAGCGUUCCAAAAAGUGAAAGAAUGGCUACUACAACUCCAACACGACCACCGCGACCACAUGCGCUUUUUCGCGCCUCUUGCCACCCGGGCGCCGACGGUGGUAUGCCGUGUUUCGGGUCCGGGUACGUCGAGCUGGAACACGAAAAGAUUCUCGUGCUGCACCGCGGACGGCGGGAUCGUCGCGGCGUGCUGGAUCUGAACGUGCGCGGCUUUUUCGACGCAACUGGCUCAACGACUGCUGCCUCUGGUGCUCUAAGUUCCACUACCCAGGAACUACACCAACAAACCAGUAAGCCGAAGCACCGGCGCCAGUGGAUCGACCGGCUGAAGCAAACUGUGGAAUCCGUUUUGUUGCAGACUUUGGAAAGCCCGGAAAGCGAGCAAGUCUCCGGCUCCAUUAUGCUGGAUAUCGUCGUGUUGCAGCAAGGCAGCGGGACGAGCGGUUUUUACACAAGUAAAGGCUCCACUACAAAAAUUUCCGGAAGCAGCGGUCCAUCAUGUAGUGCUACUUCGUCUACUGAUUGUUCUCCGGGAGAAGCACUUGUAGCCAGAACAGCAAACCCGAAUCCCUUGUCCUUGACAGCCUCAGCUGCGACGAUGGCCGCCUGCCUCGCGCUUGCCGACGCUGGCGUAAAGUUGCGGGGUCUGGUGGGGAUGUCGGCCUGUGCCUUGGCGGUGAGGUUUUCAUCUCGCUGCAGUGAUGCAGAAGAAGGCCUUGAUGUUGCCGAGGCAAGUGGAAAUGCAACGUCAAGUGCUUGUAGUACCCAGCAGCUCGAGAAGGAUAUGUUGACUACUACACCGAAGGCAUCUACGAGCGGUUCUGGCGCAGCUGAAAACCGUUCGAACAAGCAUAUGACGCGAACAAGUUCAAGUGGUGGCAGCAUCCUGUAUGCGGAAGUGGCCGGCUCUGUUGCCUUUCUAGAGCAUCAGCAGAGUAAAAAUGUCCUCGCAGUAAACACUUCUUCCGAGAAGAGGAUAUCAACGCUCCCCAACCUGCUUGAUCUGGCACGAGCCGACGUGCACGAGUACCAAUGCCUGAUGCGAGAAGCGUUGAAAGAGGCCGUAGUAGCGAAAAUGAUGAAUGUAGGUUGAGUGGAAUCUUCAUUUCGCCCUGGCGGCAUCACUACAACUACUUUUUAUCACUUUGUUUUUGGCGGUCCUGCUUUUUCGGGAAGUAGCACAAAAUAUACGGUUACGACGACGCGACAUCACGCACAUGCAUCUUUCUAUCAUGUACAUGCUCCUGAAGAUCUAGGUCUGCAACGCGCAGUGGUACUAGCGCAACGCACGCUGAUGCAGAAGCCUGUCGGAAAGGGCGGUCGCGACUUGAUAUGUGACAGUGUGUGACUGGUGUUCGCUUUUAGUUUUACUGAUG